GCUUUUUGGAGGAUUUGAGGUUGCAGGAGUUCUACAGAGAGAAGAUGUCACUCAACAAGAUCCUAGAGCUUGAUAAUAAGACCAUUACUGAUGAACCAGCAAAGGACAAAUCAGAUCUUCCCUGGUAUUUCUUAAAGAAACUGAUGAUGAAUAAUGUGACAGCAAGAAAUACGUGUAUCUCUGAAUCACAGAAUGACACGUUAAACCCCCUUGACUUAAUCACUGCUCUCUUUCUGUGCUCUGAUGGUUUUGUUCAACAAGAUCUGGUGUUAAAAAUGUCCAUGUGUCAGUUCUCAGUUCCUCUGCUGCUUCCAAACUGUGAUACAAAGCAGUGCACCCUCAUGCUGUGGGCCAUGAGAGACAUUGUUAAGAAGUACAGACCUCCAGAUCUUUCAGAAUCAAAGGGCUUCAUUGAAGAACGAAUAGUUACUUCUGAACUCCCAAUGGUCUCUUUUGUGAGACUGGGUGAGUGCUCCAUGUCCAAAUCAGAGAUCCUCAAUAAACUCCUGAGUAACUCUCAGCAGAACCAUGACACCUUUGUUCACCGCAACAUGGAGUGUGGAGACAGUCCAAGAGUAAUAUCCAAUGGACUGACUGAAAUGACCUGGUACCUUCCCUGUGGAAACAAAAACAUGGACAUUUUCAGUGAGCCAGUAGCUAUAGCUAACCUUCGUGGUGACAUAGCUUCAUUUGAAACACAAUUCUCCUUUUUGUGUCAGACAUCUGCUGCAGUUUUUGUGUUCUUUGAUGAGCUGGAGCAGCUGGAAUCACAGUUAGAACUGCUGGCUAACAAAAACCACAAAGCAAAGAUCUUCUUGGUAGGAAACCAACAAAACAAGAACUUGAGUAUUGAUGCUUUUAAAAGGUUAGCAAACAAUCUUGGGAAAACAAACAUUCUAAUUAAACAAAAACAAACAAAUGAUGCUACUUUCAUCAAAGGGCUGAGAAAAGCAAUCGGGGAUGUGGUUUAUGAUCCUCAGAUGAAGAUAUCAGUAGAGAAGAUGGCUGACAUUGCACAUGAACUGGGAAUAGAAGUUGAUGAGGAUUCUAAAGAAUGUCAGGAAGGGAAAAAAAAUGCAGAUGCCAUCACUGCAGAGAUUAAAGACAUCUUCGAAUACAAAGAGGAACAGUUUCCUUUGCAAGGCCAAAUAUGGAAGGAACUGACUUUCUUGGAAAAGGAAGAAUUUCGUCUUCGAAAUGUUGGAUCUGAAAACAUAGAAAACUAUAAAAGUAAUCUUAGAAUGAAAAAAGAAGAGCAGCGUCAGAAACAGAACACCUAUGCUGUGUCAGAUGUAAUGGCACGAUUCAUUAAAGCAAUAUCCAGCCCAGAGAGAGAGAGGGGUUAUUUUCUGAAAUGGGUGAGAAUGAAUCUUGAUGACUUGUCUCAAGAAAAACUUUCUGGCCUUAGGGUGAAGUACAAAGAGAAGUACAGUGACUCUGAGCACAAACAAGAGAUCAAAGAAAUUGACCAACAACUUUCCAAUAGCUCACUGGGAGUUGAACACUUCUUCCGUGAAAUGGGUCAGAUCUACGAAGCUUCUCUUUCUCUUCCUGAAACUGAUCCAUCACGUCAACAACUGCAACAUCUGCCUAAACUCUGUGCUCAGUUGUUGCUGGAUGGAUUUCCUCUUGAGCUUGUAGAUGGAGAUGCUUCCAACAUACCUCUCAGAUGGGUGAGUGAUGUUCUCUAUCAGCUCAAUGACUUGGUGUCUCCUAAGAACAAGAUAGUGGUCGUCACAGUUCUUGGAGUUCAGAGCACAGGGAAAUCCACCCUCCUGAACACCAUGUUUGGAGUGCAGUUUGCAGUCAGCAGUGGUCGAUGCACUAGAGGUGCCUUCAUGCUGCUCAUCAAAGUCAAUGAAGACUACAGAAAUAUUCUAAACUGUGACUUUAUGAUGAUCAUCGACACUGAAGGCUUAAAGUCUCCUGAACUCGCUCAACUGGACAACAGCCAUGAACAUGACAAUGAGCUGGCAACACUUGUUGUUGGCCUGAGUGAUGUCACCAUUAUCAAUAUUGCAAUGGAGAAUUCAACAGAAAUGAAAGACAUCCUGCAGAUAGUGGUGCAUGCUUUCCUCAGGAUGAAGGAGGUUGGCAAAAAGCCCAGAUGUCAGUUUGUUCACCAGAACGUUUCUGAUGUUUCAGCUCAUGAGAAGAACCUACGAGACAGGAAGCUGCUCCUAGAACAGCUGAAUGAGAUGACCCAGGCAGCAGCUAAAAUGGAAAAGAGAGAGAAGAACAAGAAAUUCACUGAUGUCAUGGAGUACAAUCCAGACACUGGGAACUGCUACAUUCCUGGACUCUGGAAUGGAAACCCACCAAUGGCACCAGUUAAUGCAGGAUACAGUGAGGCUGUCUAUGAGCUCAAGAAAAACAUCAUCCAACUGCUGGGAAAGUGUGGGUCAACUUCUAAUAAUAUCUUGGAGUUCAUAGAGUGGAUAACCAGCCUGUGGAAAGCAGUAAAACAUGAAAACUUCAUCUUCAGCUUCAGAAACAGUCUGGUAGCUGAUGCAUACAUGAGGCUCUCCACAGAGUACAACAAAUGGGAGUGGGAGUUCAAAAAAGAAAUGUACACCUGGGUUACCAAUGCAGAAACUAGAAUUUCUAAUUUUGGUACAGUUGCUGCAACAUCUGACACAUCUGACAUGGAGGGCUUUAUCAGUGAGUUAAAAAGUGAAGCACUCAAAGAGCUGAUGAAGUUGGAAUCAAUUAUUCUUGAGAAGCUGAAGAAAUACUUUGAGCAGCCAGAAGGUCAUGUUUACCUGGUUGAAGGAUACAGAGAGGACUUUUCAAACAGCAUAAAGAGUCUUAGAGGACAAACUGAAAGAUCAGUGUUUAACCAGCUCAGAGAAGCAGCAGACAUCAAACAGGGAAAGCAAGAACUGGAUAAAAUUAAGACCAGCUAUACAGAAAAAAUUGAAAAAGCAGUUUGUGCUUUAAUUGAUGAGUGCCAAUCCUCUGAAGUUGAGCCUAUGCAGAUCGGUCACACCAGGCUCACAUCCGAGGAGAGGCUAAGAAGCUCCGCCGCACCUUCAACUCAGUCUCCGGCCAGUCGUCAGGAGGCUGACCCGCCUGAUCUUUCCUCUGUACCUCCUGACUACCAUGACCUAGCACCUGUUUUCAGUUUUGUGCUCGAGGGCGGGCAGGUGAAGCCGUCUGAAGACAAGAUCAAGGCGGUUCUGGACUGGCCCACUCCCGAGAACCGAAACCCGUCUAAACCUGAAGCUCUGGAGGAGCUUUGCCUGUAA